UGGGGUAAAACUAAGAGUUAGUUGUCUGUUUCGCGGCGUACGCAGGAUUCUUCUUUACAACAGUAGACUGGUGCGAUUGUUCGUUCGUUCAAUCACCGGCGAAAAUGGAGGCGAGCUCAUCAUCAUCAAGAGCUUCUCGUAGCCGUAAUGUGCCUGAUCUGUUUAAGAAGCCUAAAAUUCCAUUCGCCUUGGCCUUAAUCGUGGCUGAUGCAGUCCUCGUCGCACUUAUCAUCGCCUAUGUUCCAUACACGAAGAUCGAUUGGGAUGCUUACAUGUCACAGGUUAGUGGGUUUCUCGGGGGAGAGAGAGAGUAUGGGAGCUUGAAAGGCGACACAGGGCCUUUGGUUUAUCCGGCUGGUUUCCUCUAUGUUUACUCUGUCAUCCAGAAUUUGACUGGAGGAGAAGUCUACCCUGCUCAGAUUCUUUUUGGUGUUCUCUACAUUGCCAAUCUGUCCAUCGUCUUGUUCAUCUAUCUCAAGACUCCUGAUGUGGUGCCAUGGUGGGCGCUAUCUCUACUCUGUUUAUCCAAGCGAAUACAUUCCAUCUUUGUUCUCCGUCUCUUUAAUGAUUGUUUUGCCAUGACUCUCCUUCAUGCUUCCCUCGCUUUCUUCCUCUUUCAUAAAUGGCAUCUCGGCAUGCUUCUUUUCAGCGGAGCUGUCUCUAUUAAGAUGAAUGUACUUUUGUAUGCUCCUCCUUUGUUACUUCUCCUACUAAAGGCCAUGAAUAUUAUUGGAGUCCUAUCUGCUUUAGCUAGUGCAGCUCUUGUUCAGAUACUCGUGGGAUUGCCCUUUCUGCUAGCAUAUCCGGUUUCAUACCUAGCCAACGCCUUUGAUCUUGGACGUGUUUUUAUCCACUUUUGGUCUGUUAACUUCAAAUUUGUUCCAGAACGAGUUUUUGUGUCCAAAGAAUUUGCAGUGUGCUUGUUGAUUGCUCACCUAUGUCUCCUUGCGGUGUUUGCAAAUUAUAAAUGGUGCAAGCAUGAAGGCGGGAUUAUAGGCUUCAUGCGUUCUAGGCGUUUCUUCUUGACGCUUCCGUCUUCGCUCUCGUUCAGUGAUUUGUUAAUCUCUGGGAGUCUUGCGAAAGAACAUAUUGUCACGACCAUGUUUGUUGGGAAUUUCAUUGGCGUUGUUUGUGCUCGUUCUCUGCAUUACCAAUUCUAUUCAUGGUACUUUUAUUCCCUGCCAUAUCUGCUAUGGAGAACUUCGUUUCCUACCUGGCUGCGCUUGAUAUUGUUCCUGGGUAUCGAGCUGUGCUGGAACGUCUAUCCAUCAACACCAGUCUCAUCAGCUUUGUUAAUGGGUCUACACUUGACCGUCUUGUUGGGUCUCUGGUUUGCUCCUUCAGAUUAUCCUUACAUAUUCAAACCAAAUCUAAGACACAAAAAGCACAAGUGAACCUUUUUAUAUUAGCUAAAGAAUUUACAGUUAUAUGUAUGGGUUAAGCUAAUCAUAUGGUGGUUUAUACUAAAAGAUUUUCUGUUUCUGUCCAAAUAUACAUGUGUUAUUUCCUCCUUGAAUUAAACGUUUACCAGUUAUGCUUA